ACCCGCCAUUCCUUCUUUCGACGCCAUCUUGAGCAUAUGAUCAUUGUUGUUGGUCGCUUGAUCCAGUUUAUAUAAAUAUUUGUGGUUAAUCUCUUACAAAUAUCUCAAAAAGUGAAUAAUGGCUCGUACCAAGCAGACGGCCCGUAAAUCUACCGGAGGUAAAGCUCCGCGUAAGCAGCUGGCCACUAAGGCGGCGCGUAAAUCAGCGCCAAGCACUGGUGGAGUCAAGAAGCCCCAUCGUUAUCGCCCUGGUACAGUAGCGCUUCGUGAAAUUCGUCGUUACCAGAAAUCCACUGAGUUGCUGAUCCGUAAAUUGCCAUUCCAACGUCUGGUGAGAGAAAUCGCCCAGGAUUUCAAGACCGAUUUGCGUUUCCAGUCCGCUGCCAUUGGCGCUCUGCAGGAAGCUAGCGAGGCUUACUUGGUGGGUCUGUUCGAAGACACCAACUUGUGCGCUAUCCACGCCAAACGUGUCACUAUCAUGCCUAAAGAUAUUCAGCUUGCCCGACGAAUCCGUGGCGAGCGUGCUUAAAUUUUUUUUCUAUAGUAGAGGUAUACUUUAAUCAUAAAUUAUUUGUAAUUCAAUAGAUCUAAAUUCCAUAACAUUUUUGUAAUGUAACAUUUAUUUUAUUAACUUCAUAUUCAUUAAGAUAGGGUGCAGCAGAACUGAGUUUUUAUAUUAAAUACAUUCUUAUUGUAUAAGUUGACUAUGCACAUGUUGGUUAUACCAUUGAAUUUAUUCAAUGGUUCAAGUAGACCAUACAUGAGCACAGCCGUAUUUUAGUAAUUUUACUUCUUAAGUAGUUUAAUAGGUAAUGUUGUCAACCAAUGUGUGAGAAUUCUGUGUUUGGCAUUAAUUAAGUGGCAUCUAAUGAUGUAUAAUGAGUAAAAUUGGUGUUUAUUAAUAAUAAAAUAAUAUGAUUAGGGUCUAAA